AGCUUCCUCUCUCCUUCAUCGCAACGAAGCUCAAGCACCUUUAAAGAAAAGUCCUUCAUAGUCUCUCUCAACCCCCCAUUCUUCUUAUAAACCCCCCCCAUCUCUCCACUUGUUUCAUUCAUUCAUUCAUCACCCAACUCUCUCCAAACUUUCUUCUCUCCAACUUUCAAUUCCAAGAGUUAUAAGAAACAGAGCAACCUCUGUUUUUUUUUCCACAAUGGGUCUCCUCGAAUACGCCGCCUGUGAUGAUCUUCCAUCGUUCCAGAGAGAGAUCGAAGAGAAAGGUCUCGACUUGGACGAGCCAGGGCUCUGGUACUGCAAAAAGCUCGGGUCUAACAAGAUGGGUCUCGAACAGAGGACGCCGCUAAUGGUUGCUGCCAUGUACGGAAGCAAAAAGGUUCUGUCUUUCAUCGUUUCCUCCGGAAAAUCCGACGUGAACAGAGCUUGCGGCGAAGAGAGAGUCACCGCGCUUCACUGCGCUGUCGCUGGAUGCUCUGUGAAUAUGGUUGAAGUCAUCAACGCUUUGCUUGAUGCUUCUGCUUCGGCUAGUGCCGUUGAUGCUAAUGGGAACCAUCCUCUGGAUCUGUUCGUUAGGGUUUCGAGGUUUGUGGCUUCUCCGAGGAAGAAAGCUGUUGAGAUGUUGCUGAGAGGAGGUGGAAUGAUCAAUGAAGCUGUUGAAGAAGAAGAAGAGGUGAAGAUAGUGUCUAAGUAUCCAGCUGAUGCGUCAUUACCGGACAUAAACGAAGGUGUCUACGGAAGCGAUGAGUUUAGGAUGUAUAGCUUUAAGGUUAAGCCGUGUUCGAGAGCUUACUCUCACGAUUGGACGGAGUGUGCCUUUGUUCACCCUGGCGAGAACGCGAGGAGGAGAGAUCCGAGGAAGUAUCCUUACACUUGUGUCCCCUGUCCUGAGUUCCGCAAAGGGUCUUGUCCUAAAGGAGAUUCUUGCGAGUACGCUCACGGCGUUUUCGAGUCGUGGCUUCACCCUGCUCAGUACAAGACGCGGCUUUGUAAAGAUGAGACGGGUUGCGCGAGGAAAGUCUGUUUCUUUGCUCAUAAACGUGAGGAGAUGAGACCGGUUAAUGCUUCGACUGGCUCUGCUUUGUCUCAAUCUCCGCUGGAGAUGAUGCCUGGUUUGUACUCUUCAGGUGCUGCGACACGUCCCGUCUCUCCGAUGAGUAGUAGUGUUGGUUCUUCUCCGAGAAACGGUGGGUCAUGGCAGAACAGAGUUAAUUCUCUGUCUCCACCUACUCUGCAUCUCAAUGGUGGAAGUAGAUUGAAAUCUACACUGAGUGCUAGAGACAUGGAUAUGGAGAUGGAGUUGGAGAUGAGACUUAGAGGUUUCAACAAUGUUGAAGAGACUUUUGGGUCUUAUGUCUCCUCCCCAAGUAGGAACUCUCAGAUGAGCCACCAGCAUUACCCUUCUUCACCGGUAAGGCAGCAACAGCCUCCUCCUCACCACUUUGACUCUUCAGCAGCUGUGGCAGCUGCAGUGAUGAACGCGAGAUCAUCUGCCUUUGCGAAACGCAGCUUGAGUUUCAAACCUCAAGUAGCAUCAUCGCCAUCGAAUCUCUCGGAUUGGGGAUCGCCGAGUGGGAAGCUGGACUGGGGAGUGCAAGGAGAUGAGCUGAGUAAGAUGAGAAGAAGUGUUUCAUUUGGAAUCCAUGGAGACAACAACGGUAACAAUGCAGGGAGAGAUUAUAGGAACGAGCCAGAUGUUUCUUGGGUUAACUCUUUGGUUAAAGACAGUGUUGUGUCUGAGAGAGGCUUUGGGAUGAAUGAGAGGGUGAGGAUAAUGUCUUGGGCUGAGCAGAUGUACAGAGAGAAGGAGCAGACUGUGGUGUAAACACACACACAGAGAAACUUGUUUAUUCUUUAAUCUUUGGUUACUUUUUUAAUUGUUGCUGUUAGUAUAUGAUUUGUAGUCACUAUGAGAUAGAAAGAUAACUGGACUAAUAGCUUAUUAGUCUCUCUAUAUUUGUCAUUUUUUCUUGUAAUUUCGAACUAUGAAAUGAUCUAGCAAUAAUAAAAGACAUUACUUCCGUUUA